UUGGGUUUAGUACAUCAUGUAAAUGAAACCAAUUGUCUCAAAUUACAAACUCCUGAUGGAAUAUUUUCUGUAUUAAGAAAGGUUGAACGGCAAACUAAUUUUAGCGGAGCUAGUUCUACUAAUGUUUAUGGGGAAAAUAAAAGUACCGAUCCCGUUGAAUUCUUGGUUCUUGGAUCAGAUUGGCCUGGGCCUGAUUUAGUGUUAGGAAACCCAUGGUUGCAAAAAAAUGGCGCAACUAUUGAUAUGUGUAAUAACAAAUUUUCUAUACAUGAUAAUUUUGCAAUCCCAAUUAUGAAAAAUAGUGAAUCCGAAACUGAACCUGAGACAGACUCUUCUAAUCCAGAUCGCCAAUAG